AUGCGCUCAUUUCGGCUAUGCUCUCGAGCAGCAAGUAUCGUCUGGUUCGUUGUGGGUCUACACGAAGCAGCGAGUGCGACAGACAGGCUGGAGGCCCCUACACCCGCUGGCGGGAGAUUCUGCAUUGCCUUUGAGCAAGUGGCAGCCACAUGCUAUGGUCAAGUCGCGCUCGAUGGUCAGAUCCUGCCCUUUGUCGUCACCGCAGAACAGCCAAGCAUGCUUUUCGGUGUCAGACUCACCCUCGACCCGCUCAAUGCAUGGUGCUUUGCAGGCGAAUCUGAUAUGCCGCGAUUGCCCAGCGUUGAAGCCAGCAAGAUCGACCAAGCCUCGCCGGACAACUUCGAGAUCGAGUUAUUUGCAGUCAGAUCAAUGCAGACGAGUCAAGCAUUCUUGCCGAACCGCAACCUCAAGAUCGCAGAACCUGUGCUUGGCUUUAUGUGCGGUCCGAAUACAAAGUACCUCAUACCGGGCAUGGAUAUCAGUUGCGCAGAGAUAUUCCACGUGGAGAUCGAAAGCGAUCAGUGCGAGUUUCGCUAUGACUUGGGAUACCAGAAACCAUUCUGGACGACGGUCAAGAAAUCCGGCGGAUGUACCUCGACCCCGCAGAGUGUACAAACGUUCUAG